UUAACUAAUGAACUUUUUUUUUGGAAAGUUCGUAUUGCGUAUCAAUUGUUACAAGAAAAAUAUUUACAACUCAGUUAAUUUAAAUAGUCCACAAAAAAAUAUUUUUUUUUUUUUCUUAAAAAAAAAAGUUGUCACGUACGUCCGGCGCUUGCCGGACAUUAUAGAAAGUUUCUUUUUUAUAGGGAAUGCUCUAAUAACGUUUGUUCUCAACAUAUUGAAUUAUUUAAACGAUCAAAUUAUAAUUUAAAUCUUUUUUAUUUGUCCUCUUAUCAUCUGUUACAUUAAAUUAAAAAUUAUUUUUGAGAAUUUUACAAUUCCAUUUACCACUUGAGUUAAACCAGUUAUGGGAGUCCAAUUGAAAAAAUUUGGACUAUUGGACUUGGACUAAUUGGAGAUAGUCCAUUCCAAGUCCAAUUUGAUUCUUAUAGUCCCAGUACUUUUGAAUUAAUUCAUUAAUAGUUACUAUUAUUAAUCCAACAAUUUUACUUUCAAGCUUAAUAAUUUUUGUAAAUAAAAAUAAUUCGUUAAUUAUCUUUGAUUCUUCUAAAUCUUCGAAAUAAAUUGUUAUAGAUGAUUAUUUAGAAUAA